AUGGUGUUUGGUGAGUUUUUCCAUCGCCCUGGACAAGAUGAGGAACUCGUCAACUUGAAUGUGGGGGGCUUUAAGCAGUCUGUCGACCAGAGCACCCUCCUGCGGUUUCCACAUACCAGACUCGGGAAGCUGCUCACCUGCCACUCGGAAGAGGCCAUUCUGGAGCUGUGCGAUGACUACAGUGUGGCCGACAAAGAGUACUAUUUUGAUCGGAACCCCUCCUUGUUCAGAUAUGUUUUGAAUUUUUAUUACACGGGGAAGCUGCAUGUCAUGGAGGAGCUGUGUGUGUUCUCAUUCUGCCAGGAGAUCGAGUACUGGGGGAUCAAUGAGCUCUUCCUCGACUCCUGCUGCAGCAAUCGCUACCAGGAACGCAAGGACGAGAACCACGAGAAGGACUGGGACCAGAAAAGCAACGAUGUGAGUACCGACUCCUCCUUCGAAGAGUCCUCUCUGUUUGAGAAGGAGCUGGAGAAGUUUGACCAGCUGCGAUUCGGCCAGCUCCGGAAGAAGAUCUGGAUUCGAAUGGAAAAUCCGGCUUACUGCCUGUCUGCUAAGCUCAUCGCCAUCUCUUCCUUGAGCGUGGUGCUGGCCUCCAUUGUGGCCAUGUGUGUCCACAGCAUGUCGGAGUUCCAGAACAAGGAUGGGGAGCUGGAUGACCCUGUGCUCGAGGUGGUAGAGAUCGUGUGCAUUGCUUGGUUCACUGGUGAGCUUGCCAUCCGGCUGGUGGCUGCUCCCUGUCAAAAGAAAUUCUGGAAAAACCCUCUGAACAUAAUUGAUUUUGUCUCCAUUAUUCCCUUCUAUGCCACGUUGGCUGUAGACACCAAGGAGGAAGAGAGCGAGGACAUUGAGAACAUGGGCAAGGUGGUCCAGAUCCUCCGGCUGAUGAGGAUUUUCCGGAUUCUCAAGCUUGCCCGGCACUCAGUAGGACUUCGGUCUCUAGGUGCCACACUGAGGCACAGCUACCAUGAAGUUGGGCUGUUGCUUCUCUUCCUGUCUGUGGGCAUUUCCAUCUUUUCUGUGCUCAUCUACUCGGUGGAGAAAGAUGACCACACAUCCAGCCUCACCAGCAUCCCCAUCUGCUGGUGGUGGGCCACCAUCAGCAUGACGACUGUGGGCUAUGGAGACACCCACCCGGUCACCUUGGCUGGGAAGCUUAUCGCCAGCACAUGCAUCAUCUGUGGCAUCUUGGUGGUGGCCCUUCCCAUCACCAUUAUCUUCAAUAAGUUCUCCAAGUAUUACCAGAAGCAGAAGGACAUUGAUGUGGACCAGUGCAGUGAGGACCCCCCAGAGAAGUGUCAUGAGCUUCCUUACUUUAACAUUAGGGAUAUUUAUGCACAGCGGAUGCACGCCUUCAUUACCAGCCUAUCUUCUGUGGGAAUCGUGGUGGGUGACCCUGAUUCCACAGAUGCCUCGAGCAUCGAAGACAACGAGGACACUUACAACACAGCAUCCUUGGAGAAUUGCACAGCCAAAUAAGCAGGGAUGUUUGUGCCUGUAUCUUGUGUCCCUCCCCGAUGAUAGGUUAACACAGCUUUAUAAACCUCAAUGGGUUCGUUAAAAUCAUUUAAUUCUCAGGGUGUACCUUUCAGCCAUAGUUGGACAUUUCAUUGCUCUGAAAUGAUAGAAUCCUCUUUAUUUUUCUCAGUGAAGUGAAUUAAAUGCCUUGUUCUGAAAUUUAUUUUUACAAGAAGGAGUUGUGAUAUGAUUUUGGAAAAAAAAAGAUAAAUGGUAUUGGGUGGGAUUUGUUGCUACGGUUUAUGUAUCAUUCUGUUUGUCAUUUACUCACAUUGAGCUGUCAAUUACUGACAAGUAGAAUCAA